GAGAGCAAGAGGACCGUAGAAGACCUCAGAUGGCGACGGCGGAGCGCGGUUUCCUGGCUUGAUGAUGCCGACCACAAGCGGUGGCCCCGGCGAGAGAACCCGCAAGCUCUUUGUCGUCGGCGCCAGCGGCGGCGGCGGUUCGGCGAUUCCGGUGUCCGACAGCGGAGGGGUGGACCUGGGGGCCGUGGGGCGCGCCGUGGGGCUGGACCCGUCGGCCGUGACGCUCAACGGCUACUUCAUCAGCCGCGGACCGGACUUCGUCUCGUCCUUCACCUGGGGGUCCCUCGUCUCCUUCUUCACCUCCCGCGGGUUCCCGACCGGCGCUUCGCAGCUCGACCCCGUCGUCGUCCAAGGGAAGCCCACCCUCGCCUCAGGAUUGCAAUUCUCUCCUUUUCCGGAGGAGGGAGAUCACCUUGCUUUUAAGUGGAAAGCUACAUCAGAAGAUGAACAUCCAAUUAACAAGAAGAACAGGGUUGAUGGAUAUCUUAAUGGUGGUGACAGCCUUUGUAUCAAGAGAAGGCUGAAACUGGAAGACGAUUGCUCAACGAAGAAGAGAAAAAUCUGAUCGUUCUUCCGGUUUAGAGCAUCGACAGAAUCCCCAAAAGUAGGUUUCUUUUUUGGAUGCAUCAACAAACAUGGAAAAGCCGGAGAGAAGAUGAAUUCUUACCUGCUUUUUCCUGCAAAAGAGUUAGGUGAUCAUCCUACUGUGUUUUGAAUAAUGCUUUGGAACAUGAAUGCCAUUGAUGGUGGUGGGCUCAUUUCCAACGAUGGAGUAUGAUUGUGCCAUGAAUGUUGAAUGGCCAAAAGGCUUCUAUGGUGACAAAGUGUUAUAUAAAAGCGGGAAAAGCAAACGAGGGGGGGAGGAGAUGUCGAGCUUCUCGUUCCCGGAGCGCUCGACGGCGGAGAUCAUCGGCGCUCUCGCCCAGGUGGGCAUCGCCGCCUUGAAGCCGGAGGACCUCGCCAAUCCCUCCACCGACCUCGUGUGCACCCUCUACUCCAACUUCCUCGCCUUCGCCGACCCUCUCGGCGAAGAAUCGGAUAUACAGAUCGCUUUCAGUGCUCUCGAGCUUCUGGAUAACCCCGACCACCAUGUGGACGCCAUCCGGACCUUCAAUCUGUACCGCAAGAUCAAGAGCAUGCUCGCCUCCAUCCGAUUCGGCAGCUUUAAUCUUCGCGAUCUCAUCAAGCCUGACACCAAGCGCACCCUUCAGAUCCUUAGCACCAUCGUCAACUUCAUAUAUUACAGAGAGGAGAAGCUGAACAUGCUGCAGCCUAUUGUCGAUCAAUUCCCGGCAUAUGAGGAACGAAGGGCGGAUCUCGAAGCAAAGAUCGAUGAGGUCUUUUCUUCUUCCUUUGCAUCCACUUUAAUUUGGCUUUGAUAGCCAGAUUUCUCUAUUAUUAAGGUUUAUAAAUUAUUAGCAACUAAAAUUCUUGAGCCAAAAAUAAGCUAAAAAAGCAGCAGCAGCAAUGCCAUUUCAGUAAAUAAUUUAGAUCUAAAAAUGAUCCCGAAAUCGAAUGAUGAUGUAUUUGCGAGACCAAAAGAAUAAACUCCUUGAAAGAUAGAAAAUUAUGCGUGCCAGAUAUCAAGGUAAGUGUAUGCUGUUUGCAGAUGUUUGAAAAGUGAAAGUGAAACAAUAUAAUUAUGAGCAGGCAACACUGUUAGUUUGUGUAA